AUGAGUUCGGGGGGUAAUGGGAAAAGUUUGACAGUUGUGACAUGGCAUCACCAAACCCCUCAACGUCGACAUUUGAAGCGAGGUAGACUUGGCCCUCCUGAUGUUUAUCCACAAGAGGCUAAACAAGACGAGGACAACCUCGGUGAUGAUCGUCUGAAGAAAGGCUACCAAGUAGCCUUGACAACAUACGAACAUGAGUCGAUAGUAUGGAAUGCUAAAGUUCCUCGCUUGAAUAAGCUGGAUGAGACUAUGUCUCGAGGCGCCCAAGUCAUUAUGCAAAUAUUGAACAGGAAGGCAGAACUCAAUGCGAAUUUAGAUAAAGAACGAAAACGGGGAAGUAAGGAAGGGGCUUUUCAAGGAUUUAGCCACACUACGACACAAGCUGUGAAAUCAAAGGAGCGUAAAGAAUGGUUUCUUGAUCUUGCACGUGGAAAGUCUUUAUCAUCUUUGGCUAAACGUCCCCCGUUCUUUAAGAAGAAAGAAGGUGCCUUAGAAUAUUUAUGUGAUUAUAAAGUACCAGUAGUAAGGGCUCUGUGGUAUUUGAAACUCACAGCUGUAGGACAAACAGUAGCUAGUAAUCUGGCAAAGCAAAAGAAGUCGUUUGUUGACCAGCUUGCUUCUGAACAAGGAGCGCUUUUUACAAAGUUUAUUCGUUAUAUGCUUACCCAAAUAAGUGAAACUCAUAAUCUAGAACAAAAUCUUGUUUAUACGGAACGCUGGCCCUACUUUGUUUGCCUUUGUAAACAUGCGUAUGAACGUCAGGAGUUCUUAAUGGACCUUUGUGACAUAUUUUCGGACCGAUUCGUUGUGCCAUCAGACAAUAAGCCUCAUUUUUUUACUCUUUUUCGGAUGUUCCUUAUGUUCUUUUCCCAAUACAUUGAUCAGAUAACGCAAAAUUUGAUACUUUCGAGGAGAUGUGCUUUUUUAAUUGCUAAAAGACUAGCAAUUUUCAAAGAUGAAGCAGAGUCACUUCAGGGAGGACCAGUAGUACCAAGUGAGCUUUUUCAAGGGAUGAUGCAGUGCCAAAAUCAACGCCCCUUGAUAUCAGUUUUGACUGGAAUGCUUCACGCAAUAUUAAUUGACUGUCCCGGAGCCUUAGUUUGGAAUUCUUUCCGAGUUGCUGAAGGCAUUCCUCCACCUAUGCUCAAUCAGUUAUGCGGAUCUCCUCUUGACCAACUGCCUUGUGCUAUAGAAGAUUUACCCAACUCUUCUGGGUAUGGGAGUGAAAAAAUACAGGAGAUGGUUCAGCUAAGAGUAAGCGAAGUUAAACGGCGAAGUCAUGCUGUUGAGAAUCAUUGGUCUCUGAACAAGAUGAAAAAAAUAAGCUUUCGGACUGUUGUACAUGCUUGCCUUGAAGUACUUGGAGCCUUAGAUGCAGCGCGCAUUGAUCAGCCACGAUACAUAGAAAAAAUUUAUUCUAUUGUUUUUGGUGGUCCUCCAAAGGAAAAAUUCGAGUAUGAGGAUGCGAUUCGCAUUAAAAUGCUUUUACACUGGGCAGUAACCGUAGAACGAGAGGGAACUCAUAGAGCUUUAGUUGUUGCAUAUCUACUAAAUUACCGAAAACACAGAAAGGAGGCUAAUUUUGGUGAUCAGCAGCUCCAGGAAAUACUACUAGAAUAUCUUAACACUGAAGCACCACAACCGUGCGAUCCACGGUUUGAUGAAGAGUUUAAAAACCUGAUGCUUCUUUUUUACGAGUUGCAGAAAUUAGAGCUUUUUUCACACGAUUCUUAUGUGAAAGGCUUGAUAACGACUGGAGAGAUGUCUGACCAAACUCCUAUUCUUGCUUUAAUUAAAAGCCGAGAAGAAUCAACAGCAAAGCAACAGUUUUUUACUAUGCCUCCAAAAAAUCUCACAAGUGGAGUUAACCUUGAAGAAAAACCUGGUGAUGGGAUGGGACCAUCAAUUGCUGAAAUGCAAAAAGAUCUUCCAGAUGAACACCCGUUUAUGGGCAAGGAAUUGACGCAACAUGAGCGCUUGCUUAUCCAUCUUCCAAUUCCGCAAAUUAAGCAGGCACUGCUUUUACAUGGUGUCGGUGAGCAACGAGAAGUGGCUUUGAAUGAUUUAAGAAAAAUUGCUAAAGAAAUCAUUAAGAUUUGGAGCAAACGCAUAGUCAUUGAGUUUUCUCUGAAACCUGUCGAAAUUCGCUUUAAAAAACGCGCUACAGUGGAACAGAUUAGCGCUGCAGUCCAGAAGUUCAAGAUCCAAUCUUACUACGAUCAGAUAGUACUUUGUGGCUGGUUUACUGAAGUUUUUAUCGCUAUGGUCAGUGAUUUUGUUGACGGUCAUAAUUCGGUUCUUCCAAGUGCUGAAGGUCUAGAUGUUUUACUUAGCAUGCUCGAUCACUGUAAAUUUAUCUCUGGAAUUAUGGAUUUUGCGAAACAUCUUCUUCCGUUACUAGUUGAGUUGGAGAAGAAACUUACCGAACAGCGUGUUGAUUGCAUACCAUCAAAUAUAUCUGCUCAAUUGGGAUUUGUUUUAGUUGCUUAUAUUAGUCAUAACUUCAAUUACUUCCUGCUGUGUGAACAUGCUGUUGAUAUAGUAAAUGGUUUAUACCGGAUCGUGGAAAAACAGUUAUCGGCGAAAUAUCUUACCGGGUGGGGUCGCACGAUUGCUAUAUUUGUAAUAAAUACAAAGAAGUUUCUGCUUAGAACCGAUUUACCACAAAAAGAAUUUGAGGUGAAACAUGAAGAACCGGCUCGAGUUGCACCAAAUAGGCAACCGUCCAAUACCACUGCUAAGUACAGUUCACAUUUCUUUAAAGAACUGUUGGAAUCUCCAAGGCGUAUAUUCUCCUUCAAUGAUUACCGAAGUUGGUGUGCUACUUUGGAGAAAUUUGCUGAUGCGCGAUACAGUUUCGUAGUCAGUGCUUUGAAAUGUGCGCACCAGUGUGGCGAUAACUAUGAUCGGCUAGUCGAAUUAGCUAAUAUAUGUGGUCAUAUUUCUGCUAUUGGUUCGCUUUCUUCCGAGUGGUGCGGUGCACUUCAAGCGUUGUGUUGUUCAUCGGUUGCUGGAAAUCAUGGCUUUCCAGAACUGUUGUUUGAUAUCAAUGUAGAAGACUCCAAGUGUCACACAACAAUUGCCACUUUCUACAUGCUGCUUGCCGGUCGAUCGUGUUUUAGCAUGAAUUUGCUUUUCCAUGAACUUCUUCAUAGCGUAUUCCGCACGCUGAUCAACUCUGACUCUUCAAAAACAGAUGCGGAUGCUGAAGCAGGUGUUUGUUUGGCACUGCUUGUUCUUGCAAACAUGGUUUGUCAGAGUGAAAAACCUAUUGUCUUGUCACCUGUUUAUGCUGGUGAGAAUUAUACGGAAAAACAGCUUUUUGGUUUGGCAGAUAAAUACAUAUUAUGCGGCUCACAUUUAUUUGACAUGAACCAAACAAUUUUUGAUUUGCUGUUUUCAAUAGCGAGCAUAUCGGACUGUUCUAAGAACAAGCUGCGAGAAUGGCGUGACGAGAACAAGAGUGAGCAAGGAUUUUGCCGGGAGUAUAUUGCGCAACUAUCGAAAGCAGUCUUGCUAGCUAUGUGCGAACAAGAUUGGAUAACGCAAAGAGUGUACAAAAUAUGUGAAGAAAUCAGCCUUGAUUUGUUUAAUUCACCAAAUUUGAGAAAAAAUGGACUUGGGCAGCAGCUAUUGAGAAUGGCGCUCAGAAGAAAGUGUGAGAGGAAGGUCGUUGAAGAGCUAACGAUAUGCAAUGGAAAUUCUAAAAAGUCUCUCAUAGACAAGCUUUUCUCAGUUCUUAAUAUUUGGAAUAUGCGUGCUACAUACUUCGAUUUGAAGUUGAUGAUAAAAGAGGCAAUAAUUUUUUCUGCAGAAGUACUAAAUGCUUUCUUUUGUAAGAUUUCGCCGGAAGGAACUGGUAAAGUAGUACAACAAGGUGCUAUUGCUGCUGACGCACUUAUUGGAGAAAUUGGCAAGUGUUGUAGGGAUCUUUUCGUAAAUGCACGUGGAGAAGGACAAAAGCUGCCCGAAAAUGCUACUGGGAAAGGAUUUCGUUUGAAAUACAUUACAAAUUUUUGGCUCAUUUCGCCCUUAAUUUGUUGUUGUCCAAAACCGGUCAAUCUGCCUCCAUCUUUUUCUGGUUUGACUGUGCAGGCAAAAUUUUUGAAGGAAGCGGCGCUUAUGCUGGAUACAACAACUGAUGGCAGUCCAGAACGGGUUCAGCAAAGCGUUUGGCUGUUGAGUCAAGAACCAUUUAUUAAUCUUGUUCUGACGUGCUUGAAGGGAGAGGAGCAGCAAAGAGAUGGUUUGGUUACUUCCCUGUUAAAACAGUUGCAGGAGUUAGCAUUAAAGAUCAAAGAGAAUUCUUUCUUACCUUAUUUACGCAAAUUCGCUUUGGAACGUGAAGGUAUUCUAUUGCGUUGUUCUCUCGUUGGUGGGAUGUUCGAUUCUGUUUGCCAUCAGACGUGUUGUGACGCCUGGGCUUUACUUUUUUUCCAGCUUAUGCUAUACGGGGCGAUUUCCCGUGAAAAAGAUGGUUACCUCUUCGAAUCCUGUUAUGACAUGCUCUCCACGGUGUUGAUAUGGUCAAUAACAGACCCUGCGAACGUCUCCCCGGUUAACUCGCAAGAUCCGGAUACUAAAUACCGAUUCGGGAAUUAUGUGUCGAUUGUCAAGAAACUUAAGAAGGAGUUGAAUGAACGCACUUUGAUUCCCGAAUUGAGAUCUUUGCUGCAGUUCCUCCCAAUUUCCAAGUCGACUUUUGACCUAGUGACUUCGGAGCCUUAUGGGACUGUUGUUCCUUCACCGCAAAAGCUUUCAAAAGGGCAGUUUGGGACUGUUCCUAGUAAAGUGUUCAGGAUUGGCCUUCAGUUAGGAGAUAAGGUCAAGCUGUCAGCGUACGACAUGAUCCAAAAUUUCAAUGCGGAGUCAGCAGUGAAACGAUCUUGGACAUGGGCUAUGUUUCAGGCGGUCAAGUUGGAUAAGUCUCCAGUUCCCAUUCAGCGGUGCAUUCAACGACUUAUUCAACACACACAUUACACCGAAUUUUCUAGACCAGCCAUAUGUGGUGGACCGAUUGGACCCAUGAAGGAAAAAGCUCUUGAAUUCUUGUCUCCACCAGCAAUGGAUACUGAAACCAGUAUGCGUCUUCCGUCGUCUGCAGCAUCUACCACUUCGGUUACUGGCGGAGUUCCGGCUACUUCGGGACCUCCGUCGACUAUUGCGCCCCCCACUUCAGCAGAUAUUCAGGUUGCUGCAAGCCGACCUAUUGGAUAUCAAAAUGGGACACCAGUUGCAGUCAAUCAAAGUUCGAAUGGCGAGCCUUUAAUGUUCUCUGGGUCUCUGCAGACUGUGUCUGAACUGACUCGAAACCCGUCUAGCGCUUCACCACGUGGAGGAAGAGGUGGGAGGCGGCGAACAGCCGGGCCAUCAAAUCGCGCUACAGGCACCACCAGGAAGAAGCAACAGAGACAAGCUCUUGAGAAGGCCCAGGGUUUGUCUAAUCAAAUGGGGCAAAAUAUGGCCUCUGCUGGAAACAGUAAUAGUUCCUCAUUUUGGGGAUCGCAACCGGCUCCUCAGAAUCCUCCGAUGUACAUGAAUACUCAGCAAGUUUCAAUGACUCAGCCAGAAGACUCGAAGGCGACUAUUCAAAGGUUUGUAAUGAAACGUCAGGCAGCUCAAGCUUCUGGAAACGCAUCCCAAGGCUUUGGAAAUAUGCCAUCUGGAUCUGGUGGCCAAUUCAACCCAAUGAUGAUGAAAAUGGAAAGUAACGUAGCACCCAUGGAUCACCAACCGUCUUAUUCGGGGCAAACACAGCAAAUGAGUAUGGUACAAGAGCCUCAAAGAACUCAGUUUAAUUCACAGCAAGAUAUUUACAAUCAACAGCCUCAGCCGAAUCCUGGAAAUAUGUUUGAUAACAGGAUGAUGGGUCACCAACAGCAGCAGCAGAUGCAGUUCAACCAACCUCAGUUUCAGCAGCAAUACUAA